AUUUGUUAUUGGCGAAUCGCGUUAGGCAAUUUUUCCAUCGAUCGACUGAAACUACUUGUUUAUUUUUGAUUUAUUGAACAUUUAAAAAGGUAAACAAGCAUCCAAGAUGACAACUAUUGCCGGUGGCCAUGGCGAGCCAAAUCCAAACAGCUCCUGGCUGAGCGCCCGCGGAUUCUGGCUGGCCUACCUACUGGGCCUGCUAUCCGUGCACCUGCUGCUCUUAUCAGUGCCCUUUGUCAGCAUUCCAUUUGCCUGGACAGCGACCAACUUGCUCCAUAAUGCGGCCCAUUUGUACUUCUUGCACGUCAUUAAAGGAGCUCCUUGGCUGAGCACGGAAAAUGAUCCUAGCCGAAGAUGGACGCACUGGGAGCAGAUCGAUGAUGGUGUACAGAUGACGACUACUCGGAAAUUUCUUACUGCCGCUCCCAUCGUCCUUUUCCUCCUCACCUGCUUGUACACCAGGAAUAGCACGGAACACUUCAUAGCCAACUUUGUAUCGCUCGUCGUGGUAAUACUUCCCAAGCUACCGCAGUUCCAUGGUGUUCGCUUGUUUAACAUUAACAAGUACUAGAACCCAAACAGAAGAGAUUCUUUUUAUGCAAUGUAUAUAAAAAUUAUAUAUGGAUUGACUUUUUAGUACUUCCUUUGUAAAUAUUAUAAAAAUAUGUAAAAUCAUUAUAGAAAAUGGACAAUUGGUUAUAUUAAAAUUUAUGAAAUUA